AUGGCCCGGUCCUUUUAUGAAGACGACGACAAGGUGUUGACGACCCCUGGGGUCAACACUCCUAUGCCGUCCAAGUUGGAAGAGGAGGAAAAAUUACACGGCAACCACUCGUUCGUCCAGGGCAUGGUUGUGCGGACGUCACCAGUGAUUGAGACCUACACCAAGGAACUUCGGAAAUGGCUCCACGAUAAGUACGCCAUCUACGGCGCCGAAUGGGAAACGCAAAAGUCUCUGUUCAACAACGAGUGGAACAACGUCAAGCGUGAGGUGGCGCAGACCGUCGCGGACCCCGUGUUGCCCAACCUCAUCUACAUCUUGACCGCCGCUCUCACCGGGUCGAUCUUGGUCAACCGCCGGCUGUUACCCACCCGGUUCAUUGUUCCUGUCAUUACUGGUGGUGCUGCCACUGCGUACUUUAUGCCCAAUACCUUCCGCAACUUGGAUAAGAAGCUCGAUCAGUUUGAGGCCCAGGUGGCCCCUCAAUUCCACCAGGAGCGGGAGAGAUUUGUCAACGAAGACGUCAAGGGGUUUGAGGAAGAAUUCAAGCGGGGGAUUCGUUACGCCAACGGGGCUUUGCAAAUGUCGAUUCAUGACGCUCGCUUGAAAUUGGCCCUGUUGUUUUCGGACGACAAGUAA